GUUCAACUUAAAGAACGCAAGUGCGACGUCACGCGACGCACCGACUCAACAAGUGGCCGCCCGAGAGCCGAAAGUCCACCACAGAAGAAGAAGAAGUGAUGGAGCACUCCGAACCGACCGAGCAGGCGGACGGCGGCUCCGCGCUCAACGGACACUUUGACCGGACGGGGAAGCGGCCGGUACCGGGCGGCUCCGGGUGCGCUUCAGCCGCCGCGUCCGCCGGCGCGCCGCAGCCUCCGCGCGCGGAGCCCGGCGCGCCGCGGCCGGUGAUGGAGAGCUGGCGGGAGGAGCGCACCAGGAGCGUGGAGGACAACCAGACCAGCCUGCCGUCCCUGGCCGCGGCGUACACCACCAUCCUGCGGGGGCUCGGGGAGGACCCGCAGCGGCAGGGGCUCCUGAAGACCCCGUGGAGGGCCGCCACCGCCAUGCAGUUCUUCACCAAAGGCUACCAGGAGAAGAUCAUCGACGUGCUGAACGACGCCAUCUUCGACGAGGACCACGACGAGAUGGUGAUCGUCAAAGACAUCGACAUGUUCUCCAUGUGUGAACAUCACCUGGUGCCCAUCUUCGGCAGGGUUCACAUCGGCUACCUGCCCAACAAGAGAGUCCUGGGCCUCAGCAAGCUGGCCAGGAUCGUGGAAAUCUACAGCCGGCGACUACAAGUUCAGGAGCGGUUGACCAAGCAGAUCGCCGUGGCGAUCACCGAGGCGCUGAAGCCCACCGGAGUGGGCGUGGUCAUCGAGGCGACUCACAUGUGCAUGGUGAUGCGCGGCGUGCAGAAGAUGAACAGUAAGACGGUCACCAGCACCAUGCUGGGGGUCUUCAGGGAGGACCCCAAGACCCGCGACGAGUUCCUGGCGCUCAUCAGGAGCUGAUGAUGUCGGCCUCCUCCUCCUCCUGUUGCCCGCGGUUACCGCCACCUCCACGGACCAGGCGCCAGUGCGGCCGUGUGUGUGUGUGUGUUUGUGUGUAUAUUCGUGUGUGUGUGUGUGUGUGUGUGUGUGUGUGUGUUUGCUGUGACUCUUCGUCGGUCAGAUAAGGAGAAGCGACGCCUUGUUUAUUUUUCAGGACUUCACCCUUUUAGCUGUUUGCUCCGUUCUGCGCUCACAGACGGAGGAAAACACACGAAGCCGUUUCUUUGUCUCAA